CAACCAUUACCAUCGCUUUUGAUAGCAUCGAUUAUCCGUUUAAUUGAUGUAGGGAUGGAUUUCCACUCCAUGAAUCGCAAACAGCUGCAGACAUUAUGCAAGAGGCACAAGAUUCCCGCAAAUUUGUCCAAUCUCGAGAUGGCCAACAGGCUCACGAAAUUUCUCAAGGAAGAAAAUGUGAGCGAAAUCGAAUCUGUGGGUGAGGUUGUGAAUAAAAAGAACAAGAAAGUACGAUUUAGUCCGGAGCAUGAAUUGUUUGAGUUUACCAGAUCGCCAAUACAAAUUAAAAGAAGAAGUAGGAGGAAUUCUGUUUCAGGGAGAGAUAAUAAUUGGUCAAUUGAAAUGGAGGCAGAAACUGUGGGUAGAGAGGGUAGCACUGCGCAGACUGGAGAGUUGAAGUUGGUGGAGGCAGAGGUUAAGCAGAAUAAGAGAGGAAGGAAGGCUGUGAAAUGUAGUGAUGGAAAAAAAGUUGCUUCUGCUGUUGAUAGUUGUGAAGAUGGACAGUUGGUAACGGAAGUUAGGCCAGUUAGAAUGACGCGGCUGAGAGGGAAGACGGAAGCAGAGGGCGAGAUGAUAUGUGCAAAAGAUGAUUAUAAGAGGGAUGAGAAAGCUUCAGAUAGAGUCAAGAAUGCUGGGAACACUGAGAUUGCGGAGAAUCAUAGUAGGGUUACCAGGUCUAAGGCACAGAAAGUGACAGAAGCUCCUGCAGCAAAGGAGAAAAAAGGGAGAAAAGAAGUGAAAAAUAUUGGUAAGGUAGCUGCUGUUAGAGCUGAGACUGGUGACAAUAGAAACUCUUUGAGUAAGAGAGGGGAUGAGGGUGAAGGAAAAUCAGCUAUGGGUUCGGAUGAGAGAUCUGCAGGAGAACAUGUGACUGUUGAACCUCAACUUGCUUUAAGGAGAUCUAAAAGGAAAGUGAACGGGGUUGGUGGAUCUGAGAUGUUGAUUUGCGAUACAAGGGAACAUGAAAAGGUCAAGGGCUCAACAAAGACCUUCAAGUUGUUGGCUUCAGGUGUUCCUGAAGUGGAUACAGAAAUUAGUGGAGUUGAAGGUGAUCAAGGUAGAGGAGCAGUUCUGAAAAUUGAAGAACCCAUUCAAAAGAUGGAACCCCGAAGAAGUAACAGGAGGAAGACUGUGAUUGAUUAUACUCGUCUUAUAGGUGAUACAUUGAGAAGCUCACUGACACAGUCAGACAUUGUUCCUGAAGCUUCUAAAGAUGAGAAGAUGGUUAUCCAGCCUAUUGGAGUUACAAGGAGGUCUGGGCGUAAGACCUUAAGUGUGAAAAUGGUUUCUACUAUUGAUACUGAUUCAGCUGUAGAGAAUCUCAAUGCAGAAAAGCCUAAAAGCGAAUCAUGUCUAGGAGAGAAGGAGAUUUUUGCAGUAGUUCAGAAGAAUACGCGAGUAACAAGGAAUACUUCCAAAUGUAAGCCACCAGGGUCUCUAGACAAGGUUGGUACUGAUUCAGCUGCAGAGAAUAUUGUUGCAGAAAAGCAUAUAAGUGAAUCAUGUUUAGGAGAGAAGGAGAAUGUUGCAGCAGUUCAGAAGAAUAUGCGAUUAACAAGGAAUACUUCCAAAUGUAAGCCACCAGGGCCUCUAGACAAGAUUGGUGGAGAUUCUAAUAUUCACCAGAAGAACAAAGUAACGAAGAGAAAAAGGGUUCAUGUCUCAGGAGAUGCAAUGAUAAAGAACAAUGAUACAAUCUCUGGAGAACAGUCAUUGAAAGGUAGAAGCAGUGAGGAAGUUGUGUCUCCAACUGCCAAAGGCAAAUUUUCUGAUGAGAUGACCCAACCACACAGACUAGACAAACCCCAGACACUUGACACUUCAUCUCAUCACAAUUCUUCGGGAAUUGGGGUAUCGUUGUUCUUGAAUGUUCAGCUGUCCGUUUCAAAAGAUUCAGAAAGUGCUAACAACUUGUGUUCCAAAAAUAUCAUUAGUGAUGUGGAUCUGACAUCUAUAAAAGAGACUCAUGAAAUGAAGGAAGAGGUCUCUGCUGCUGAUAGUGCUGACAAUUCUUGUAUGAACUUGGCCAAUGAAGGAAAGUUGGUGAACUCAAACGCAAAUGCAGCAUCCACAUCCAAGAGUGCAGCUCGGGGCACUGAGUCCUCAGCUUCUGAGGAUCAAAUUUGUAACAGCAGCAUUGUGGAAGUGAAAGAGGGCAAGUUACUAUGGGAGUUUGAUGUCCAUGAAUCAGUUGAGCAGAAUAUAAAAGAAGUGGGUAGGAAUGGCUCAGAAGCUUGGAUGUAUAGCCAAGCAGAAGAUUCUGGAUGCAACAACAAAAUCAAUGACCAAGUAUUUGCAGAAGGCUUAAAUGUUCCCGAAGAGGAAGGUUCUGCUGAGACAUGCUCUUCUGCUGACAGCUUUUUGAAUGGUGAUCAAUCAGAUGUUAAGACUGACCUAGAAGUAGCAGAGACUGAAGUGGAUGAACACGUACAACCAUGUGUCAGCUUGGUUGAUCACCAUAAUGAUCAAGAUGACUUAGAGUUAGGAGCAUCCAGUAAUAUUCUGGACAUCAAUAAUGAAGAUACAUCCCGAACACCUGGAGCCUUUAAGUCUUGUGGGACCGAUUAUACCUACUCAAAGAGUUCUUCAAAACUGAAGGUGCCAUCUUUAGGCAUGACUGUGCAUCAUGUUGAUGAUGUGGCCAAAGGAUUUGAAACCUUCUUCCAUAACAGUAGAGCUUCAGAAUCGGCUGAAGCUGAUGAAGGAGGUUGCUCAAAAGAUCAAAGUAAUUCAAGUGACCAGUUCAAUGAAUCCAAUAUGCCUGAGCUAUGUCAUAGUGAAAGAAAUGCUGGAAUAGUCUCACCUGAUAAGCUUUGUACCGAUAGCACUGGUGUUAAUUUAAAAAAAGGUCAUGAUGAUGUUCAAGUGGAUAAGUUAUUUGAUCAAGAAGGAAGAUACAGGAUCACACCACAAGAGAAGGAAAACUUUUCUGGUGAACAUUCAGUCGAGGAUUUUAAUGAGCAAGGGCUGUCACAACAUGAUUCCCCUUCUAUAGCACCCACAACCAUGUACAACAGCACUGGAGAUCAUAAGAGCUCUAAUUCACAGGAAACCGAUCCUUCUAGCCCCUCUUGUGUUUCUGAAACUCAAGCGGAGAAGCAAAAGAGUCUAGUGGCCAAUUCCAAUGAACUUGCACCCUCUAAUAAGAGGCAGGUAACUUUGAGCAGUGCAAGUGAACUGGCAGGAAAUGCAGUAUGCUUCUUGAAGAGUUCUGAGAUGAAACAUGCUGGAGGCCUCAUUGCUGAUGAAGAUGUCAAUGAUGAAAACUAUGACAUAGAUGAAGAGGUUUCGGCCGAGGCAAGCAUUUCACAUGUCAAAAGUUGCUCUGUCAACAAGAUAGCGGCUGGAAGUCUUGGUGAUGUGAAGUUUCAAGACACCGCGGAAACUGUACAUGAACACAAAAACCUGGUGGCAAGGAAGACAGAGUCAGAUGCAGAUGAAGAGGCUAGUCUUGCGACAUCUAGGCAAAUCUGGACAGAAGCUGAACUUCAGAAUCUGUUUGGAACCUCGGACGAAUAUGCUCCUCCUGGUCUAAGUGACACUUUCUGUCAAGGAUCUGAACGAGCAAAUAUGACAAUGUCAGAGAACAAAUCAACUCCCAGCAUUAGUGGCAUCUUGACCGAGAAGCCGGAAAAAGAGAUGGAUGAAGAAAGUGGUAUCGAGAGUGAUGCUAACAUCUAUGGAAAUGCGCUAGAAUCUCUGUUUGCAACACCAGUAAAGAUUACUCCCUGCAAGACAGAAGAAACCUAUUCUCAUGGCAGUAUAUUGGACGGAAGUGUGAUGUCGGUUCAGGAAGGGUCGGUGACAAUGAAGGGAAAUGUUCCUACAGGAGUUACGUCCAAUGAAAAGGCUCAGAAUGCUGGAUAUGAGAUUGAGAACAACUUAGGCACUGGAGCUGCAUUACCAAGUCAUGGUGGAGAUGGCAUUUGCGAAGAUGUAAAUGAGGUUGAGAGUUUUGACAGAGUAUUGGACGGAAGUGCAACAUCGAUUCAGGAAUGGUCAGAGGCAAUGAAGGAAAAUGUUGCUACAGAUGUUACGUCCAAUGAAAAGGAAAAUACUGCUGGAUAUGAGAUUGGGGGCAACUUAGGCACUGGAGCUGCAUUAUCAGAUAAUGGUGGGGAUGACAUUUGCGAAGAUGUAAACAAGGUUGAGAGGGUAUUGGAUGGAAGUGUGACAUCGAUUCAGGAAUGCUCAGAGGCAAUGAAGGAAAAUGUUGCUACAGACGUUACGUCCAAUGAAAAGGAAAAUACUGCUGGAUAUGAGAUUGAGGGCAACUUAGGCACUGGAGCUGCAUUAUUAUCAGAUAAUUGUGGGGAUGACAUUUGGAAAGAUGUAAACGAGGUUGAGAGGGUAUUGGAUGGAAGUGUGACAUCGAUUCAGGAAUGCUCAGAGGCAAUGAAGGAAAAUGUUGCUACAGACGUUACGUCCAAUGAAAAGGAAAAUACUGCUGGAUAUGAGAUUGGGGGCAACUUAGGCACUGGAGCUGCAUUAUCAGAUAAUGGUGGGGAUGACAUUUGCGAAGAUGUAAAUGAGGUUGAGAGAGUAUUGGAUGGAAGUGUGACAUCGAUUCAGGAAUACUCAGAGGCAAUGAAGGAAAAUGUUGCUACAGGAGUUGCAACCAAUGAAAAGGCACAUAAUGCAGGAUAUGAGGUUGAGAGCAACUUAGGCACUGGAGUUGCUUUAUCAAAUAAUGGCGGAGAUGCCAUUUUUGAAGAUGUAAAUGAGGUUGAGAGUGUUGAAUUGCUGAAUACUUUCACUGGAGUUCUUUUUGAAGCUGAAUAUGACGGUUGUGAAGCUUUGGAGGAUCAGUUGACCCAUAGCAAAGAGGAGUGCCUUCUAGAAAGUAAUUCAAUAACAGAAGAAGACAUAGAAGAGCAUGCCAUUCCUCUAGCAGAAUCCUGUCUUAAUGACGAAGAAACAGAGAAAAGUAUUAUAAGCGUAUCUGGGUCACCACGGGAUUUAUAUGAACUUAUGUCAGAAUCACGUAGUUGUAAGAGUGAAGCUCAUAAUAAGUUUAAGGGGGAAAUGACUCAAAGUACUACAUCUGAAUUAUCUGAUGCCAAUCUUCAGAAAUCUGAGGUUCCUGAGAACAGCCAUCUUCCUGCUGCCUGCACUAAUGAUCAUUACAAUUUAAGGGAAACAUCGAUCAAGACUUCCAAUGAACCAGAAGUGGAAAAUAUUGGCAGCUCCAAUAGAGGUAUAUCUUCCCUGAUUUCUUUGAAGGUCUCUCCUGAUUGUGAAGAAUCAAUACUAGGGAGUGAUGAUCAAUAUGAAGCCAAGAAAUUGGAUGAGCAAGAUGGAAAUCCAAAGUGCUCCCAGGAUAUUUCUGACGAAUUGCAUACCACCAGUGAAGUGGCAAUUCAGGGAAAUGUUUCAAUUGGUUACAAUAACAGUCAGGAACUGGAGCAGCUUGUAAGUUCUGAUGAACUUGACAGCAUAAGUAAGGAGGCCAAAGGGAUGGAAACGACCACACAGACAUUAAAUAACACAGAUGCAGUUGCAGAGCAUGGAUCAUUUGCCUGCAGGGCAUCUGGAGGUGAUAAAAAGUUAGAAACUGGAGAGCCUGUUCUUAAAUUAGAUGAGGAAAAGGUGCAAGAUGCUGGAUUUGAACUUGAAAACAGCUCAUGCGUUGGAGAUUUAUUGUCAGAUGAUGGCGGAGAAGACACUUGUGGAAAGAUGAACGAUGAGGAGGAGCAGUUGCCUGAGAACACAGAGGAGUGCCAGAAAGGAGCUAGCUUCAUCCCAGAAGACAAUGAAGAAAAGGUCACUUCUCCAGAAACAGACAGUAGCAAUGAAUUGACAGAGGAAUAUCUUAACAUCUUGUCUGGCACACCAAAGAAUUUGGAUAUAAAUGGAGGCUGCCAAGACAUGUUAUUUGAUAAUGCUCUGUCAGAAAGCGUCAUUCGUAAGAGUAUAGCUGAUUAUAAAUCCGAGCAGGAGAUUAUACAAGGUAGUGAAGUUGAAGAUGAGUUAUCUGAUGCUGAUCUACAAAAGUCUAACAUUUCUAAGAACAGUCAGAAUGUCAUAGAUGAAGGUACCUAUCUGCCUCUAUCUUCAGAGGCCUCCCCUGUCUCUGAUGAACUUACACAAAACAAAAUUUGUGGAGUUAUGAUUUGCGAUGAGGUAGAUACGAAAGGAAAAUCCUCUCAAGAUGUGUCUGAUGAGUCGCAUACCAACAGUGAAGUGGCCAUUCUAAAAAGCCUUUCAGAUAGUAACGACCAGACUGAGGAUGCUGGGCGUGCUUGCAGUCUUGAACUUGAGAGAACAUCCCUGGAGAUAAAUGAGGCAGGCACAGCGACACAGGAUCUUAACAAAGGUGUUGGUCCUAGAGACCACGGUUCUUCUAUUUGUGGUGCAGAACUGCUUCUCCAUGCAAGAGAUGAAAAAAGUGACAGUUUAAAGGGAGACAAUAGCAUGAAGGACAUUGAAGAGGCUGAGACUUUAACUACUCAAAUGGUUCAGUUUCCCGUUGAGCGUCAUUUUGAGAAGAAUGUGGAAGACUUCAAGAAUUAUACUAUCGCACUCUCAAAUUCACCAGCCUCUGGAUCUGAUGGGAUUUUAAGGGAAAGUGAUGUUGCAGAUACAAUUAAAGAGUACAUUGAUUCUGAAUCUUCUCUGCCUGUGAUCUUUGAAAAUUCUGGUGCCAGCCUUCCGAGUGACAUGUUGGCAGAUACUGAUGAAGCGGUUGCUAGUGAAAAAUCAGCCAUGUCCAUUUACGAAAAGGACAUUGCUGCUAGGCGUGACUGCCUAACUCCAAUGAUGGAGAUAUCAUCUCACUCCUCCAAGGAUGAAGAUACUGUGCCAUCACUUGAGUGCCUCAAUACAGAACAAGAGGAAGACACACUGUCAAUCAGACCUGCUCAAGUCUCGGAGAAAGCAGCAAAUUCCCCUGAACGCAUUGAUGAAGGCAACACUAUUAAGCUUGAUGCUGUUGAAGAUGGACACAUUACGGCCUGUUCGACCAUGAGGAAGAAUGCUAGAACCAUUUUGAUCCAUGGGACCCCAGGUAAGCUUAUUGCUGCAGACAUGAAGGAGAAUGAGCUGAACCAGAAGCGCUCGAACAUAGGUUAUAUCACAGCAGCCAGACCAGCAAAAAGGAGACCCUUGCAGGAUCUUCAAGGGAAAUAAAUUCGUCUUAUUUUCUACUUAUUUGGUGUUGUAAGGCUGCUGCCUUAUGCAUAUCUCAUGCAAAUAGAUAUUUAUGAAACAUUUCUCAUGUAAUCUCAGAUUCUGAAUUGAUUAAUAGACAAUAUUUGAUGUUUGUAAAGGGUAAAA